AUGGCACCGACUGCGUGUGUUUCCCUUGCCGAAGUAUGCAACCUCAAAAACGACUUGAACGGUCGUGACCAUCUCGCCGUGGUCAAUAAUCAUGGCGGGGACAAUUUGUUGCAAUCCCGGUUGACGGCCAAGGAUCUGGUCAUGGAUAUGUUGAAGAAGCGCGCCGCCGAGGUGGAUGUUGACCGGUGCGAUCCUGGUGAGGAGGAUGCUUUCUAUGUUGCGGAUAUGGGGGAGGUCUAUCGCCAGCACAUGCGCUGGAAGAUGAACUUGGGCCGCGUCAAGCCUUUCUAUGCUGUCAAGUGUAACCCGGACCCCGAGGUCCUCCGUCUCAUGGCCCAACUUGGCAACGGAUUCGACUGUGCCUCCAAGUCUGAGAUCGAUCUGGCCCUUCAGACGGGCAUCGAUCCCACCCGCAUCAUCUACGCUCAGCCCUGCAAGACCAAGUCCUACCUACGCUAUGCCAAGGAGGUUGGCGUCAAGCAGAUGACCUUUGACAAUGCCGAUGAGCUGUACAAGAUCAAGGCCACUUUCCCGGAUGCGGAGCUGUACCUCCGUAUUCUGACCGACGACUCCACCAGCCUUUGCCGAUUGAGCAUGAAAUUCGGUGCUUCCAUGGACGUGGCUCCUCAGCUGCUCGAGUUGGCUCACCAGCUCGAGCUCAAGGUCGUUGGUGUGAGCUUCCACGUCGGAUCCGGCGCCGAGGACCCCCGCGCUUUCCUGAAGGCUGUCCAAGAUGCUCGUCUCGUGUUCGAUCAGGCUACCGAGAUUGGCCAUGAGCUGCACACCCUCGACGUGGGCGGCGGCUUCUGCCAGGAGACCUUCGAGCAGUUCUCGGGCUACCUGAGUGACGCGCUGGAGACGUACUUCCCUCCGAGCGUCCGCAUUAUCGCCGAGCCCGGCCGCUACUACGUUGCCAGCGCCUUCACUCUGGCCGCCAAUGUCAUUGCUCGUCGCGAUGUUCCCGACCCGGCGGAUCCUUCCCGGAACGCGUACAUGCUCUAUCUCAAUGACGGCGUGUACGGCAAUUUCUCGAACAUCAUCUUCGAUCACCAGCACCCCGUCGCGCAGGUCCUGCUCUCGGCAGCUGACGACUCCCAGCCUGGUACUCCAAACUCUGCGACUUUGGAGAACAUCCCGUACUCGAUCUGGGGUCCCACCUGCGACGGUAUCGAUGUUAUUACCGAGCGCAUCGAUCUGCCGGGCCUGCUGAACACCGGCGACUGGCUCUAUUUUGAAGAUAUGGGCGCGUAUACCAAGUGCAGUGCCACUCGCUUCAAUGGAUUCUCCGAUACCCACGAGGUGAUCUACAUCUCGAGCGAGAGUGGUGCUUCGGCCCUCCUCAACUACUAG